AUGGGAAGGUUGCUAUUUAAGCACCUCUUUUUGGGGAGCUUUGUUGAGUCUGGGGGAGCAUUCCAGACAGUGUUAAUCUUCCUUCUGAUUCCAUGUUCUUUGACUGUGGAUUAUAGAGCAGCACCCAUUAUAAAAGAUGCAACUUUCCUUUGGGUCUGGAAUGCCCCAACUGAAACCUGUAUUGGAAACUUUACUCACUCACUGGAUUUGAGUUUCUUCUCUUUAAUCGGAAACCCCCGGAAAACUGUCACAGGGCAGCCUGUCACCAUGUUUUAUUUUGACGGACUUGGAAAAUAUCCUCACAUAAAUAAGAGAAGAGAAGAUGUGUUUGGAGGAAUACCUCAGUUGGGUAAUCUGAAAGAUCAUUUGGACAAAGCUAAGAUUGACAUAGAGCAGUACAUUCCAGUAAACAAAUUAGGCUUAGCUGUCAUUAACUGGGAAGAAUGGAAUCCUGUCUGGGGACGAAACUUGAUACCCAAGGACAUUUAUAAGAAUAAGUCUAUAGAGUUGGUGAAGACCCAAAAUCCAGGAAUAGACAUUCUAGAAGCCACUAUUAAAGCCAAACAACAAUUUGAAGAGGCGGGGAAAAAGUUCAUGGAUGAGACAUUAAAAUUGGGGAAAAAACUUCGGCCAAAAUACUUAUGGGGUUUUUAUCACUUUCCUGAUUGUUAUAAUAAUAAAUAUCUACAGUUAGACUACAAUGGAAAAUGCCCUGAUAUGGAAAAGGACAAAAAUAAUGAUCUUAAGUGGCUAUGGAAAGAAAGCACCGCUCUUUUCCCAUCCACCUAUUUGACCAACGAAUUGCAGUUAUCUCCAAAGGCAAAGCUCUACAACCGCCACCGUAUAUUGGAAAGCCUCAGAGUAUCCAAAAUGCCCAGAGAAAAUAAUCCACUUCCCGUUUUUCUGUAUAUGGGCCUUGUUUUCACUGACCUUAAAUGGGAAUUUUUUUCUCGGGUUGACCUUGUGAAUACCAUUGGUGAAGCCGUUGCUCUGGGAACCAGUGGAAUUAUAAUAUGGGAUACUCCAUCUCUAGCGCAACGAGCAACAGGUUGUCCACGCCUACAUAAAUACAUGGAGAAUACCCUGAAACCAUACAUGAUCAACGUCACCCUCGCAGCUAAAAUCUGCAGCCAAACACUUUGCAAUCAUGAAGGCAUGUGUACAAGAAAAGACGUGAAUUCAGAUCACUAUAUUCAGUUGAAUCCAAGUCACGUAGGCAUUAAAAUAUUGGAAAAUGGAAAGUUUGAACUAGUUGGCAACCUGACAGUUGGAGACUUGAAGUACUUUGCUAAGCAUUUUAAAUGCAGCUGUUACCCAAACAUGAACUGUAAGGAGAGACUUGAUAUCGAAAAGGUGGAAAAUAUUACGGUGUGCACUGACAACGCCAUCUGUAUAAGUACUCAUGUAGAACCCAGCCCAGCAUUCUGCCUUCUCCCCGAAAAGAGCCUCCUCCUCCUUACAGCCGUCACUCACAUACUCUGCUCCAGGAGCCUUCACAUUUCUUAA